CACCAUCUGAUUAACCGCCCUGCAUACACACGGUGAUUACUACGGGAAAACAUAAAUAAAUACGAAGAGGUUUUAUUAUUUUGACUACUGGAACCCUCGCUGUGUCUCAGUGCAACUUUUGUUUUUUCUUGCUGCUGGGAAAGGUGCUGCUCUCGAUGCUUUCUUCUCAUUCACGGACCCUUUAAAAAAAGGGGAAGGAAAAAUAUCGCCCCCUCCAGUCCCCCGCCCGCUCCCCCCUCCCUUCACCCCCCCCCGCCACACACACUUCAAGACGGCUGAUCUAAAAAAGCAGGAAGAGAGCAUCUGAGGAGCAGCAGCCCCGGCGCAUUUUGAAAAACAUUUGUUACAUUUCAGAGUGCGGCAGCCUGUUUCUCCUCUGAAGUUGGCUCCAGCCAUAGCAGCCGCAUUGGAUCCCACAGCCUAUUGCGAGACUCCGGUAUACAACCCGGAUCUCUGCCCCAACAUGAUCGCGGCCCAGGCCAAGCUGGUGUAUCAUUUGAAUAAAUACUACAAUGAGAAAUGCCAAGCCAGGAAAGCUGCAAUCGCCAAAACCAUCCGAGAAGUCUGCAAAGUGGUGUCGGACGUGCUGAAGGAGGUGGAGGUGCAGGAGCCUCGCUUCAUCAGUUCCUUGAACGAGAUGGACAAUCGCUACGAGGGGCUGGAAGUCAUCUCCCCCACGGAGUUUGAAGUCGUGCUGUAUCUGAACCAAAUGGGGGUUUUCAACUUCGUGGACGACGGCUCCUUGCCGGGCUGCGCUGUGUUAAAGUUAAGCGACGGGCGCAAGAGGAGCAUGUCCCUCUGGGUGGAGUUCAUCACGGCGUCUGGCUACCUCUCCGCUCGCAAAAUCCGGUCCAGAUUCCAGACUCUGGUGGCUCAAGCCGUGGAUAAGUGCAGUUACAGAGACGUGGUAAAGAUGGUGGCGGACACCAGCGAAGUGAAGCUGAGGAUCAGGGAUCGGUACGUCGUGCAGAUCACUCCAGCGUUCAAGUGCACGGGGAUCUGGCCGCGGAGUGCUGCACACUGGCCGCUUCCCCACAUCCCCUGGCCGGGACCCAACCGGGUGGCGGAGGUCAAGGCGGAAGGCUUCAACCUCUUGUCCAAGGAGUGCCACUCUCUGGCCGGCAAGCAGAGCUCGGCCGAGAGCGAUGCCUGGGUGCUGCAGUUCGCGGAAGCUGAGAAUAGACUGCAGAUGGGCGGCUGCAGGAAGAAAUGCCUCUCCAUCCUCAAAACCUUACGGGACCGUCACCUGGAGCUGCCAGGCCAGCCCCUGAAUAAUUAUCACAUGAAGACUCUGGUUUCCUACGAAUGCGAAAAGCAUCCCCGCGAAUCGGACUGGGACGAGUCGUGCCUGGGGGACCGGCUCAACGGGAUUUUACUGCAGCUCAUCUCGUGCCUCCAGUGCAGGAGGUGCCCGCACUACUUCUUGCCCAACUUAGACCUCUUUCAGGGCAAACCUCACUCAGCCCUGGAAAACGCGGCCAAACAAACGUGGCGACUGGCUAGGGAAAUACUUACCAACCCGAAAAGUUUGGAGAAACUUUAGAGGGUAACUAUAAAACCGGCCUAACCGAUAAAUCUGCUAAUUUCCCGAUGAAGUUUAAGAUGCCUGUUUGAAAAGUCAUGUAUUUCCACUUGGCAAUGCAAAUAAUAUUCUCUUUUAAAAAGGAAUAUAGCUUAGGCUCUUCACAAAGAAAAGCAAAUAAGAACAGCAAGCAUCGUUCCUCUUCGUCACAGUUUUGUAGUUCCCCAUGGGGGAAAAACAAAAAGAAAGAAAAAAAGGAAAAAAGGAAAAAAGGAAAGUGUGCUACCUGGAAAGGAAAAUUUGCCGUAAUUUGAUUGUGACCAUUCUGCCUAAAUACGGUACCAACGGAUUAUAACAAAACCCAGUAUUUUUAUGUAAAUCUUCUGUGAGUAAAAGCUAUUUGGAUAUGUCACCUGAACAAACCCUAAUGUACCUUUUAAUUUGUAUCAAAUAUUGUGAUCUCACAUUGUCUUUGAAAUUGUGGAUGUUGGUGUUUUGUGAUUUGGUGAACAGAAGUUAAAUUGCCAUUUUGGAUACUUCAAGGACAUUUUCUGCUAAAAAGAAGAUACCAUUUAAAAAGGUAGAUUUUAUCACGGUACUUUUGUUAAUUGUCUUUUGAAGUGUCUGAACUUAACAAGUUUACAUUUUUCGUUUCAUAUAUAUUGCUUGUUCUAUUUCUAACAUUCCAUAAAUAUACUUGAAAUGUUAUUUAAAUAUAUUCAAAAGAAAUUUGGAUUCUGCUUAUAUAAUAACGCUUGAAUAUUGGAAUUAUAUAUUUGAAAAUGCACUUGAAAUACACUGGAUAAUUACUUUUUGUGAUUUAGAUUUUAAUUUCUGUUGCUGAUUUA